AGGAAUAUGUCACUUAGUUUUAUCAUUAAUUUAGAAAUGUUUUGUUUUAUAAUGCAUAUUUUAUAAGUUUCGAAUAGUAUAGUUUACAUGUCGCAAAGUGCAAACAUACCCUUAUUCAGAGGGUGAUGACAACUGUAGGUAACAUAGGAAUAGGAUUGUUAAUUCUUAUCAUUGUUUGGAUCAUAGCUCUAAUAUUUUUUGUGAUAUCAGUGCAUCAACAAAGCAACUUAGGGUGGAUAGGAUUAGGUGCUGCGACUGUGCUUACAUUAAUUUUAACCUUGAUCCCCAUUGAGGACAAAUCAAAUAAUCUUAAUGAUCUUGUACCAGAGGAGAAAGAUUAUAGUCAAAUCUACAAAUAUCUCUUGUUGGGGAUUCUAACAACUUGUGCCAUCCUCUCAUUUUUAGUAUUUUUCUUGGGCUUCUGCAUACAGCUGAGAAGGCCCAAAGCACAUUACAAUGUCCAUUUUUAGAGUAUGCAAGCAAGUAUCAAGACUGUUUUCAACAACUGCGCAUUUGAGGAGGCUGAUCACCAUCAAAGAUGAUGAUGAAUUUAUAGCUAAAGUUAUGAACUCUGAUAAUCCUGUUAUAGUUAAUUUUCAUGCAGAAUGGUGCGAACCUUGCCACAUUCUCACGCCGAAAAUGAAAGAACUGAUUGAGCCAAAGGAUAAUAUAGAUUUAGUUAUUGUAGAUGUAGAGAACCAUGCUGAGUUGGUCCACACGUUUGAAGUCAAAGCAGUGCCUGCGGUUAUUGCCGUUCGCAAUGGGCUUGUUGUAGACAAGUUCAUAGGUUUAGUUGAUGCCAACAUGAUUGAAUCUCUCAUUAACAAGCUCGAUUUUAAGAAAUGAACAAUGUUUGUUUUCUCGCUAAUAAAAUAAUUUGUAUUAUGUUUUUCAAUUAAAAUUUUAAUGUAAAAUUUGA